CAACUCCAUAUUAAUGUCCAUGAUUUUGGAAUGAGAUGUUCGACGAGCAGGUGUCCACAUACUUUUGGCCAUGUAGUGUAUUUAUAUCGUAUUAACAGACGUAGUGUAGAUUGUUACAAUAGGCCUAUCUCCAGUCUAACUGCGUAAUCCAAUAUACUCCAGUCCGUAUUUCCCCUUCGCCCCAUCUGGCUCAUUUACAGGUUAUGUUUACUACUGGCGAAGGAGAGGCACAGAGAAGGGGAUCCUAAGGGACUGAACAAUUUAGGCCUACCUCUAUCGUAGAGUAAAAUAUCGACAUUAUAUUUUGCUGUUCUCGUUGUGCAAUAACCGUGUGGUCAUUUUGGAAGGAGAUAUCCAUCAGAGGUGAAGUCACCCGAAACGCCUUCUAUUAUGAAGAAAAAUAGCAACUGACUAACGAACGAGCAACAGCGAACAGUUGACUGGAAUCGAGUUUGCGGUUUGAUAUCCCCCCUCCCUCCCCCGAUACACGGUUCAGAUUAGUUUUAUAUUACUUGAAGUUGUAAACGACAUAGUAAUCGUUAGUAUUUUUGCGUUCAUGCAAGAAGAUAUGUUUGUGAAAGACAGCAGCCAUGAGCAGUGAGUGACCCGUGGGUUUCGCUGCUGUACGCCACGCUUGCUUUGCAUGAACCUGAAGUUGUCAAAAAGCGAAGCUACAGAAUUCAAGGACCGUGUUGCACUUUUUUUUUUUUACAAGCUGCGCUUUUAGGUGUUCUUUCAAUACACGGGAAUAUAACAUUUAUUUAGUAACUAGAUACAUCCAUAGCGAGUGUUACCGGAAGCGUAAUUCAAUUGAGUUGAUAGCUUUCAAAUCGCAUCAAACUUUGUGGCCUCCUGCCCAUUCAGCUAACGGUACCGUUAGCCAGCAGCUAGCUAACGUUUACUCCCCCUUUUCCUCUGCGACGCUGCGGAUUGUAAAUCAAAAACACUUGAAAAGAAGACUCGAUGCGAUGCCAUUUAUUGCAAAGUGAGACUUUAAACCUUUUGUUUUCAGCCACAAUGAUUCUCACGGUCGCGUUUGUUUGUGGCGAUUUUGAGUAUCCCUCGGACCUGUGCAGUUAACUAGCUGAAGCUAACCAGUGAGUUUAGCUCGCUAAGUUAGCUAGUAGUGAACACGUUGGACCCUCCGCCCAUUUUUCCGGGGAUGAGCGUUUUUUUUUUAUAUUUGUUUUGUUUACCUGUGGUUUAACUAACAAACCAAAACGACAGCUACACCUUGCCAGCUCAUUUUAAUCGAGUUGACUCGGAUUCUUUCCCGGACAGUUACUGUCUACUGUGUGUUUUUUUUGUUUGUUGUUGUUGUCGGUCGGAUAUUGACUAGAGUUGAGUCAAUAUGUGUCCGCGGACUUUCCUUGUGUUUUUGGUGACUGCUGUCUACGUAUGGAAUUGUCAGCAAACGAAUGGAGAAAGUACAGAAAUCUCCAAUGGGAUCUGCUCCAGUAAGGACAUCCGGAACAACGUGACCAACCUGCGCUCCCUGGAGAACUGCACGGUCAUCGAGGGCCACCUGAAAAUCAUCCUCAUGUUCAAGACCAAGCCCGAGGACUUCAGGGGUGUCAGUUACCCAAAACUGACCGUGAUCACAGACUUUCUGCUCCUGUUCAGGGUCUACGGUAUGGAGAGUCUCAAAGACCUCUUCCCCAACCUCACCGUGAUCCGAGGAAACAACCUAUUCUUCAACUACGCUCUGGUCUUCUUUGAAAUGCUGCAGCUCAGGGACAUCGGUCUCCAUAGCCUGAUGAAUAUCACUAGAGGAGCGGUGAGGAUCGAGAAGAACCCGGACCUCUGCUACCUCUCCACCCUGGACUGGUCCAAGAUCCUGGAUACGGUGGAGGACAACUAUAUUGUGUCAAAUAAGAAUGCCAGGGAGUGCGGGGACGUGUGUCCCGGGGCGCUGGCCAAGGGGAAGGCUACCUGUCAACAGACCACCAUCAACGGGAACUUCAACGAACGUUGCUGGACGCACAAGCACUGCCAGAGAAGUAAGACACUGGGUUCUUUUAUUAUUAUUAUUAUUAUUAUUAUUAUUUUUAUUAUUAUAUUUUUAAAAUGUAUUUAUCCUGGAAGUUCCAUUGAGGUCAGAAGGCCUUUUUUUUAACGAGGGGAGAUGAUGGUGUGAGUGUCUUUAAAUGCAUGUAAAAAUGGCACACUAGGAAAGAUGAUGAUUGACCUUGCGGUUGUUGUCUUCCUUUUCUGCACUUAUUUCCUUGUUUUCGAUGCUCUGUUGUCCAUAGUUAUGUU